AUGGCAACAGCAACAGCAACAGCAACAGCAGCAGCAGCCGCACUAGCAGUAGCAACAACAGCAGUAGCAGUUGCCACAGGAUCAGGAGCAACAGCAGCAGUAGCAGCAGCAGCAGCAGCAGUAGCAACAGUCACAGCAGCAGGAGCAGUGGCAACAGCAACAGCAACAGCAGCAAUAGCAGCAGCAGCAGUGGCAACAGUAGCACGAGCAGCAGCAGCAGCAGCGCUACCAGCAGUAGCAGCGGUAGCAGCAGCAGCAGGAGCACUUGCAGUUGCAGCAGAAGCAGUAGCAACUGCAGUAGCAGCAGCAGAACCAGCAGUAGCAGGAGCAAGAGUAAUAGCAACAGCAGCAGCAGCAGCAGUAGCAGAAGUAGCAACACCAGCAACAAUAGCAGCCGCAGCAGCAACAGUAGCACUAGCAACAGCAGCAGCAGCAGUAGCAGCAGCAGCAGCAGUAGCAGCAGGAGCAGGAGCAGUAGAAACAGCAACAGUAGCAACAGUCACAGCAGCAGGAGCAGUAGCAACAGCAGCAACGACAGCAGCAGCAGCAAUGGCAACAGUAGCAGCAAUAGCAACAGCAGAGGCAGCAGUAGCAACAGCAGCAAGAGCAGCAGCAGGAGCAGCAGUGGGAACAGCAGCAGCAGCAGCAGUAGCGAAAGCAGUAGCAGCAGCGGCAGCAACAGUAGCAACAGUCGCGGCAGCAACAACAAUCAGAGCAGCAACAGCAACAGCAGCAGCGGUAGCAAAAGCAGCAGCAGCAGUAGCAACACGAGCAGCAGCAGCAGCAGGGGAGCAAGCAGCAAGAGCAGCAAUGGCAACAGCAGCAGGAGCAGUAGCACUAUCAACAGCAGCAGGAACAACAGCAAGAGCAGUAACAACAGCAGCAGCAACAGCAGCAACAGCAGAACAACCAGCAGCGGUGUUAGCAACAAUGGCAACAGCGGCAGCAGCAAUACCAAUAAAAGCAGCAGCAGCAGCAGUAGAAACAGCAGCAACAGUAACAGCAGCAGCGGUAGCAACGGCAGCACGAGCAAUAGCAACAGCAGCAGGAGCAGCAACAGCCGCAGUUCCAACGGCAGCAGCAGCAGUAGCAACACCAGCAGCAGAAGCAACAGCUGCAGCAAUAGCAACAGCAACAGUAGCAACAGCAGCAACAGCAAAAGCAAUGGCAGAAGCAAGAACAGCAGCAGCAGUGCCAGUAACAGCAGCAGCAAAAGCAACAGCAGCAGUAGCAACAGCAGUGGCAGCACUAGCAACAGCAGCAGCAACAGCAGCAGUAGCGAAGGCAAUAGCAGCAGCAAGGGGAGCACCAGCAGUAGCAGCAGCAACAAGAGAAGUAACAGCGGUAACAGCAGCAAAAGCAAAAGCAGCAGCACUACUAGCAACACCAGCAAUAACAGUAGCAGCAGCUGCAGCAGCAAUAGCAGCCGUAACAGUAGCAAUGGCAACAGCAGCAGUAGCAACAACAGCAGUAGCAAGAGCAGCAGAAAUGACAGCAGCAGCAACGGCAGCAGCAGCAACAGCAGCAGCAGCAACGGCAGCAGCAGCAACAGCAACAGCAGCAGCAGCAGCAACAGUAGCAGCAGCAGCAGCAGCAGCAACAGCAGCAGCAACAGCAUAUCUACGGCGGGUUUAUACAGCGUCUCCCCUUGGGGUGUACAGACAGCUGGGAAACCUGCAACUAAAUAAUGAAUUUAAAAAUAAAACUUUUGAAUUUAAAAAUAAAACACUUUAA